AUGACUAAAAAAACAGGCUCGUCUCUUAAACCUUCAUUGCAACAGAAUCUUGUGCAAUACCAUAUCGUUGGUAGAGCGGCCCCUACCAAAAAGAACCCGAAUCCAAACACAUAUAGAAUGAGCGUGUUCGCUAAGAACUCAGUGUUGGCUAAAUCAAGAUUCUGGUACUUUAUGAAACGCCUCAACAAGGCGAAGAGGUCAGGAGGAGAAAUUCUAUCGUGUAACAGACUGAACGAAUCCAAGAAGGGGCGCGUCAAGAACUUCGGAAUCCUGUUGAGAUAUAACUCGAGAACAGGAACACACAAUAUGUACAAGGAAUACCGAGAUCUGACGAAAACGGGAGCAGUAUCCCAGAUGUAUGGAGACAUGGCAGGCCGUCACAGAGCACGCUCGAACUGUAUCCAGGUGAUAAAGGUGGGAGAAGUCAAGGAUGAAGACUGCAAGAAGCCGAAAGUCACGCAGCUUCACGGAAAAAAGCUUAAGUUUCCGAUCUUGAGACCAACACCACACCUUGACAGAAAAAACAGAAAGGUAUUCGCAACAUGUAGGCCAGCCAUAUCACUCUAA